CCUCCGACCGGAAGCCUGGCCGCUGCCCCCGCGUCCCGCGCGCACAUCCGGAACCCGGCACUCCCGCCGCGCCCGAUCCGCCUCCCGGGCCGCGCCCCGCCGCUCCCAGAGCCUGGCAUCAGGAACUUCUGGGGACACAGGGAGUGCUGCCAUAGAGAGUAUUCAGGGAGUAGAGGACGUGGACCUCAUUGUUCUGCUUCCCAAAGGUCGCUGCACAAAGAUUCAGGAGCUCCAGAUGACGACAGUGCUGAGAGAGAAUGCCCACGUGUUUGGAGUGGAGGGAACAGCGAUGAGCUCGCCGAGCCCAUCGAGGCCGUGUUUGCCGACGUGGCCUUUGUCAAGGAGCACAGUCUGAUGAGUCUGAAUUCAGUCAGCUGGUCCCGGGUCCUCGUGCAAAUGGCCCACCACUUCUUCGCUUAUUUCCGGUGUGCACCAGCCUUAGACUUGCACCCACCGCCCACCCCCGUGGAGGUGGUUGUACCAUCGGGGGCUGCCGGGGAAGAAUGA